CGUGCACGGCCGGCAUAUGAUGGAAGUGAUGGGAGCGCGCGGCUCUGCCUGCAGGAAAAACAAGCGACGCACAAAUCAUUCAGAUCUAGCAGGUAGCUAACGCGCGAGCAGACAUGUCCACCGAAGCCCCAGCGCAGACCCUGAACGUUCUCAUCGGCUGCACUGGCAGCGUCGCGUCCGUCAAGGUACCCCUGCUGGUGCAACAGCUACUGGCUCAGCGGUUGCAGGGAUACGCCUCUGUAGACCUGAAGGUAGUGGCCACUAACCGUGCGCUGCACUUCUUCGACCGCUUGAUGAUUCCGCGCUCUGUACCGCUGCUCGUCGACGAAGACGAAUGGUCCACCUGGCGUAAGAUGUCCGAUCCCGUGUUGCACAUCGAGCUGAGGCGCUGGGCCGACGUCAUGGUCGUCGCUCCGUUGGACGCCAACACGAUGGCGAAGAUAGCGAACGGAUUGUGCGACAACCUGCUCACGUGCGUCGUCAGGGCCUGGGACCUGAAAAAGCCGCUGCUCUUUUGUCCCGCCAUGAACACUCACAUGUGGUGCCACCCGAUAACGGCGCAGCACGUGAACACCCUGACGGGCCUCGGCUUCACCGAAGUGCCUUGCGUCGAGAAGAAGCUCGCCUGCGGGGACCGCGGGUACGGGGGCAUGGCGGAGGUCCCCACAAUAGUGAGCUACGUCGUGGCUGCCGCCUUAGAGAAGGCGCAGCAGUGAUUACGUUAUCCCUUCAACU